CUGAAAAAGGCGACGAAGAAAAAGGUAAUAUUUGCUAAAGAAAACUUAAUCGGGCAGCUUUUGACGAAUAGGAGAAACGGAGGGGGAGGUAAAUAUUGUGUACCAGCAGAAGCUAACAAGAACCGAGACAGGACGGAAGCAGCAGAUAUGGCGAACCCUGUAAAGAACGAUAUCGUGCGGAGAAGCAAGAGGAAGCCGGAUGAUGAUCUUUUCGGCAACGCCAAACCACCAGCGAAGAUCUCCAGAAGGUCUUCUCCUCCCAAGAAAGCUGUUUCCAAGCAAGAAGAACAGGUGGACGAGCAUGGCUGCGCUAAACAACCUACAGAAACAUCAAAGGCACCCUCACCAUCGGACCUCAACCACGGGAGCCAUGAUCGCCGACCGGAUUCUCUCACUGCCGAUUGGUCGUCCCUGCCGAACGACCUGCUCAUCUCGAUAACCACACGCCUGAGGUUUCUUGACUACGUCAGAUUCACUGCAGCUUGCAAUCCAUGGCGGUCCAUCCUCUCAGAAAGGCAGAUCAUUCCUCACCCCCGCCGUCCGUGGUUCAUGCUGGACUUCAAAUGCUUCUCCAGGACAUUCUGGUUCGUGACUCUUCACGGCGACUUCCACAGCAUGCGGCUGCCGGAACCUUCCUCAAUCUGCUGCUCUUCUCGAGGUUGGUUAAUGGUGUCAACACGGCGGUCCAGGAAAUUCUGCCGUUACUACCUUCUCAAUCCUUUCUCCAUGGCCAAAGUUGGGCUUCCUUCCAUGCCGCCGUUCCCCAUAACAGGCAUGGUGCUCUCAUCCUCUCCGACCUCCGAAGGCUGCACCCUGAUGGCCGUCGGCGACCGCCGGCAGGUCGCUUUCCUAUCGAUGGACUGCCCAACUUGGAGACACGUCCCUCUUCGGCAGAGCAUGGGCAUGGAGGACGCCGUCUUCUUCGAGGGGAGGUUCUACUUCAUAACAGGCAAAGGGAAGCUGGGGUUCUUCCAGAAAGGUGAUCGUGGUGCCAGGUCUACAGGAUGGGUGAGGUCUUGGGUGGGGCUUCGCAGCGUGAGGAAACCACCAGGCAGGAGAGUGAAGAGAUAUCUGACAGUGGGGUCGGACGGCAAGACUCUCCUCCUAGUCCGCCGGCUUUUUCGCCGCCGAUCCGAUGACCGGCGGACGUUUGGGGGUGACGUGUUCGAGAUGCGGACGGAUAUCAUGCAGUGGAAGGCGACCACCUUCCCUCCUGACGAAGCGCUGUUCUUGAGCGAGUUCUCCUCGAUAGCUUUCGCCGCACACGAACACCGGCGUCUGCACCCCUGCAGCUUCUUCGGCAAUGGCGGAGAAGAUUGGUGGGGCUACGAGCAGAAGUACCCGAACAUGGCACUGCUCUUUUCCAAGGUUGGCAACUUACAACUAGUUGCGCCAUACCUCUGAGACAUCUUCCGUACAUCAAUUUUUUUCGAUCCCGGCGUCGGCCGCCACCAGCCAUCGGCACGGCGGCGAUUCUUAAUGUUAGGAAGGUCAUUUUCUGCUGGCUUGUCUGGCCGCAGGUCUGCCCAGAGACAGAAGAAUCAUCACAUCCUUGC